CAUGGCGGCGGCGCGGGGUACGUGAGCGUGCGCCGCGCCUCCGCGCCCCUUGCCGUCGUCGGAAACGUCCUCCUGAGCCGGCGUUUGAAGCCCGCGGUGGGAUAUGAGCGGAAAUGAAUAACAGAAUGAGUUUAUUACUGAGGACAGUGCGAUGCGUGCAUAGGCGCAGCUUUGCGCGGACACGCAGCCCCUCCGCGGCGCCAGCAGCGUUAUGGACCGGCACACGCAAGGAGCCCGUGGAAAAGGCCGGGUUCAGGAUUUGCUUGCUAACCGCUUUCCGCCGCCUCCACGAGCCGUCUCCCGGGCUGCCGCCUCCCGGGGCGGGCGCCUCCGCGCCCGGCUCCGAAACCCUCGCGGCCGCCUGGCGCCUCCUGCGCGGCCUCUCCGAGGAGCAGCGGCGCUACGAGAGGCGGCUCGUGCUGGAGCACCCGGCCUUCGCGCCGCUCUGCCAGCGGCUGCUGCGCGACGCGCGGCGCCUCGCGCGCGGAGACCUCGUCUUCGGCCUGCACGCCCUCGUGAGCCUCGGCGUGCCCCAGGGCACCCUCCUCGUGCAGACCCUGCUCAGGGUGUGCCAGGAGAAGCUCAAUCAACUCGAUAACCGCUGCCUCUCGGUUCUGGCAACUGCUUUGAUAGGGCUGGAAAAAGACCAGAACGUGAGCGCUCUUCAAGCUGGGUUACGAUUACUAGUAGAGCAGCGAAUCCCACAUAUCAGAGACAUCUUUAUCCUGCAAAACCUGAUGAAAUGCAUAGGAAAAGAUGCUCCAGUCUCUUUGAAAAAGAAAUUAGAGAAAGCUGUUUUGAAGGAUAUGGACCAUCUGACAUUCCUGAAUGCUCAGCGUGUAUUUUUUGCCCUUGUUGCAAUGAAUUAUUGUUCCAGUCCAAUCCUGAAUGCCUGCAGUGAAAAGAUUAUGGAAAAUAUCCAUGAUGCUCCGUUUCGACAGUUAAUUCUUAUUCUGGAAGCUUGCCACGAUCUCCAGUAUCGUAAUAUAAAAUUGUUUUCAGGAGUAGCAAACUAUGUGACUUCCACUGUCUGCCUUUGGGACAAAAGACAGAUUAUCCUGCUUCUCUCUGCCUUUGAGACGCUUGGCUUUCAGCCUACUGAACUGAUGGAUAUUUUUGCUGAGAAGGUGACAGAAGACCCUGAAUUUCUAAACUUGAAAUAUCUUUUGAUUAUUCUCCGAGUUUAUUCACAACUCAACUAUCUUCCCAGAGGCCAAAAGCAACUGUUUUUUGAGACUCUUCAUAGCUGCCUGAAUAAGUACCUCCCCAAUAUUUCCAGCAUGGAACUGCUGAAAGCAGUGUAUUCACUUUGCAUUUUAGGAUACCUUCCUCAUCCUGCACUUGAUCAGCUGCUGCAAAAGGAAAACCUUGAUGAACUGCAGUCAGGUGAUCUUUACAAGGAUCAAAAAGACAUGAUGCUUCAGUGUGUGAAAGCAUGUGUGGAACUGGAUAGCCCCACRUUCACAAAGCCUGCACUUGUGCUGGCUGAGGACUUCUCCUCAUCAGUAUCUUUUAAUCACAAAAAGGCUCGGGAGGCCCUUCUAGAACUUCUGGGAGAUGAGAACAUGUUUCGGGAAAAUGUUCAGCUGCUGCAUAAAUAUCACAUUGAUUUUGAAAUUAGAGUUGAUUCRGAGAGAAAGAAAGUGCUCCCAGUAACUGCAACAGAUGAUCAAGCUGACUCCGGUGUUGAAAGGUUGGCUUUUCUCUUUGUUCCUCUCUCUGCAUUCUGCAUAGGGACGACGCACCCCCAAGGGAAGCUGGCGGUGAAAAAGCGGCAUCUGACUAAGCUGGGUUACGAAGUGGUUAUGGUCAUAAACAAAAAGUUUCAGGAAAUGACAAAUGAGGAUGCGGUUGAGUUUUUGAAGGGAAAGAUUUAUUCAAGAAGUGCUUUCCCUUUUUCUGAAGAGAAUGAAAUAAACCAACAAUUUUGA